UGAACGUCCGGCGUAACCUACAUUUCAAUUUCAAUUUGAAUGUUGGCUAUAGUUUGUGUUUUGGGAAAUUGUGCACCGCUUGUCCAGGAUCCGAGGAGUGAGGCACCUUUGUCAAAAUGCCUGUUAACUGGAAUAUAACUUUGUCUCGGUGGUCCUAUGGAAUAUAGUCCGAUUUUACACAAUCUACAUGUUGUGCCAUCAUCCCACGUGAAAAACAAACUAUUUGUGUUCUGCAUAAUGCUGUCCCUCUGGGUGUAUAUGAUUUAUUGUUGUGUUGGCUACUGCUCAACUGUGCCUAACCUGACGUACCGCUCGGUAAACAGACACGAGAACGAUUCAGAAAUUGACAAUCAGGACUCCUCUGUCGGGGCUUCCAGGGACCUACUGAACAACGAAAAUGAUUUGGACAGCAGAGGAGAUGAGUGGGAUGAAAUUAGAGGCGAGGCGAAGGCGUUGGACGAUAAUGCCAUGUCAGGUUUCCUCAAUGAGUCGGAAAGUAAAAAGUUGCCCCAGGCGAUCAUCAUCGGGGUGAAGAAAGGAGGGACCCGGGCGCUGCUGGAGUUUCUGCGCCUUCAUCCAGACAUCCGAGCGGUGGGAGCAGAGCCGCACUUCUUCGACCGCAACUACGACAAGGGACUGGAGUGGUACAGGGAAUUAAUGCCAAAGUCAUCAGAAGGCCAGUUGACCAUGGAGAAGACCCCCAGCUACUAUGUCACCAAGGAGGUCCCCGAAAGAAUCUACACCAUGUCUAAAGACACAAAGCUUAUUGUGGUGGUCCGGGAUCCUGUCACCCGGGCUAUCUCAGACUACACCCAGACUCGCUCCAAGAAGCCGGACAUCCCGUCUUUCGAGAGCCUGACCUUUAAGAACAUCUCAGCGGGUCUGAUCGACACCACAUGGAGCGCCGUUCAAAUUGGCAUGUAUGCAAAGCACCUCGAGCGCUGGCUCCAGUACUUCCCCACAGAGCAGCUGCUGUUUGUCAGCGGAGAGCGUCUGAUCAGCGACCCCGCAGGUGAGAUCGCUCGCGUCCAGGACUUUCUUGGGCUCAGGAGGGUGGUAACAGAGAAGCAUUUCCACUUUAACCCAGCAAAGGGCUUCCCCUGCCUUAAGAGACCAGAGGGGAACAGCAAGCCGCACUGCCUGGGGAAAACCAAAGGCAGGACCCAUCCUAAUAUUGACUCAGAGGUGGUCCAGAGGCUAAGAGACUUUUAUAAACCCUACAACAGACAGUUUUACCGAAUGACCGGCCAUGAUUUCGGCUGGGACUGAGAGGGAAACUAUGAUGAAUAACUGCUGCUGGUCCCUUGUCUGUGUUUCAUUCUGGAGAAAUUGUUAUACAGUGUGUGUACAGUAUUUGGUGGAUGUGUAAAAAGUUCAGAAGUCUAUUUUAUGAUAAUUUAUUGUUAUGAUAUUAACUCACUUAGCUGCCUAACCAGGUUUAUUCAUGACCCACCCAACAUUUCAUGAUCAAGUUUUAAUUAUUAUUUGAGUACAUUAACAUUAUUCUAAAAGCACAAUGUUUUUACGGGUAUUAUGCGUAAGGGUGGUAUCCUUUCUUUUUACAGAAUGACUCUUUUUCUUGGCUUCAAACCCCCCUAUUUUUUACUUUUCCAAAUGCUGCUUUUGCUUUUCCUUAAGAUGAACGAGAUCUAACUUUACAAACAACUGGUAAUAUCCCCUUAACAUUUGCCUGACCCUCAGAGGUCUGUGGACCCACUUAGUCAGGUCGAUACAGGCCUCAGCUGAUCCAGUGCCACUUGCCAGGUGGAUCAAUACAGUAAUAGCUCCUCAUCAUGUCAAUUAGACCUGAGUGAUGGCAUUGGCUUGAUUUCUCCACAACGCAAUAAGACAUGGAUCCAUUAAUGAUAAUAAGUUUAUGGUUGACCCUUGAGCCAACUUCAAAUAAAUAUAAUAACAUAUAAUUCCAAUGCAAUGUUUUGACUCUAUAUGGUUCCUACAGAGGAAUGUUUUGAGAGGUUUAAUCCAAAAGUCUCUUGCGUAGGAUUCAUUAUGCCUAGUCAUUUAUUGAUUUUUUUAUAAAAGAAAAUGAUUAAUAUGAUUUGAUCACAUUCAUUGAUCUGUACUGAAAUGGCUCUAAUGGAUCAUCCUGCAGAGACUUUUUUUUUUUUUUUUACCACAGGUAAUAAUUGAUGUGUU